ACAACAUUCAUUAUCUCUCCAUUAUUCAUCACCAUUCAACAAUUCAUCGACCGACACCUUCCCCCUCUUCCCCUUCCCCACUCCAUCGAGGAAAGAGAAAGAGAGGGAAAUCACCAUUCAUUCAAUUGCUUCUCUCUGUUCUUUUGAUCUCAUCUCCUUUUUAGGUUUCUAUUUUGAAUCAAACAAGUAGGAAAGCAACUUAAAGAUUCAAAAUGAAGGCAUUGAUUCUUGUUGGAGGUUUUGGAACUAGGCUGAGGCCAUUGACACUCAGUGUUCCUAAGCCUUUAGUCGAUUUCGCUAACAAGCCCAUGAUCAUGCAUCAGAUCGAAGCUUUGAAGGCUGUUGGUGUUACUGAAGUGGUUUUGGCUAUCAAUUACCAACCAGAGGUGAUGUUGAAUUUCUUGAAGGACUUUGAGGCCAAACUUGGGAUCACAAUUACCUGCUCCCAAGAGACUGAACCUCUGGGUACUGCUGGUCCUUUGGCUUUGGCUAGGGACAAACUGGUUGAUGAACUGGGUGAGCCAUUUUUUGUUCUCAACAGUGAUGUUAUCAGUGAGUACCCGCUAAAAGCAAUGAUCGAGUUUCACAAAAGUCAUGGAGGAGAGGCUUCAAUUAUGGUGACAAAGGUUGAUGAACCAUCAAAAUAUGGAGUUGUAGUAACAGAGGAAUCAACUGGGAAGGUUGAGAAGUUUGUGGAAAAGCCCAAAAUAUUUGUGGGUAACAAGAUUAAUGCUGGGAUCUACCUAUUGAACCCAUCUGUUCUUGACAAAAUUGAACUAAGACCAACCUCCAUUGAAAAAGAGGUCUUCCCCAAAAUUGCGGCUGAGAAUAAGCUCUAUGCUAUGGUUUUACCUGGGUUUUGGAUGGACAUUGGGCAACCAAGAGAUUACAUCACUGGCUUGAGGCUCUACCUUGACUCUUUGAGGAAGAAUUCAUCACCAAAACUUGCUAGUGGCUCUCAUAUUGUUGGUAAUGUCUUGGUUGAUGAGAGUGCAAAAAUUGGAGAAGGGUGUCUUAUAGGUCCAGAUGUAGCAGUUGGGCCGGGUUGCGUGAUAGAGGCUGGUGUUAGACUUUCUCGGUGCACAAUUAUGCGAGGGGUUCGGGUCAAGAAACAUGCCUGCAUCUCCAGCAGCAUCAUCGGAUGGCAUUCAACUGUCGGGCAGUGGGCCCGAGUAGAAAACAUGACAGUUCUUGGAGAAGAUGUUCAUGUUUGUGAUGAGAUUUACAGUAACGGCGGAGUAGUUCUUCCCCACAAGGAGAUCAAAUCCAGUAUUUUGAAGCCGGAAAUAGUAAUGUGAGUCAAAUAACUCACCGACGAGGUAGAUUAUUUCUCAGGAAGUUGUAAUUUAAUUCCAUUCUAUAUGCUCUGUUUUGCAUUUUGUUACAGUGAGUUUUGGCAAAAUUUCCAUUAAGCAAUCCCUCUGUGAAAUGUGUAUGUUAAUCAUUUAUCUCAUUAGCCCUGCUCUCAACUUGUGUGUACAUAGAAAAAUAAUUGUAUUUCGUUUGCAUUUUUCUGUGGUUCACCUCAUUGAUUUUUGGUUGUAAUAUUUCAAUAAUACAUUCUUAAUGUCAAGCCCAUGAGAAAAAAUCAUUAUUUGUAUCA